UGGUGGAAGCAGCAACACACCUGUGUGCAGCUUUGCAAAUCUCUUUCCUCCUCUGUGCAAAGCAGCGUGGUGCAAAGAUGGGGGGUUGGUAUAACAGGGUGGUGGAGAAAGGUGUUUCAGAUAAAAUCAGUUCUAUAUGGGUCAACCCCUGCCCUCCAGCCUGCCCCCCCAGCACCAGCCUGCUUACCUGUUGUUUAGAUGGGCACAGAUCUCCUGAGGUGCCAGCCAGACAACUGAAGACUGAGGAAAAAACAAAGCAAAUCAAACCUGAUGUAGCUGGGUGCUUUUAUCUGCAGGUAGAGCUGAGCAGCAGCAGGCUGGUUCCCAGCUGAGUCUUUCCUUCUGUAUCAAGUAUAAAUUCACCAGGUAUUCCAUUUCCUGGGGAAAAAAAAAAAAAAAGAGAGCAGAAUAAUUCACUUAGAAAUAAAGAGUAGAGCUAUUUUUUUCCUCUGUCAUGGUGAAUGCAAUUACCUAAGGCAUGGGAGGCUGAGAUAACUCAUCCAGCCCCCACUUUCCAAAGAAACCAUCAUCAUUCUGUCAGAAAAGGCUUUAAAAACCCAUUCACAUCCUGAAUGCUAAAACAUCGCCACAUACAGAACCUGUCCUUAUGAUUUCCAUGCACCAGCUGCAGCACUGCAAUCAAAGCACACUCAGGGCAGAGUUCAUUAUUAUCAGGACCAUAUAUACACCACACAAGCUCCCUGUGUUUGCUGACCCUUCUGUUGCUGUUGGCAACUCUGUCCUUCAGGAGCAACUCCUAGCAAAGCAAAGCAUACUGGUAUUCUGUUACCAGCAUGUGAGCCACACUGGGGCUGGGAAAGCGUGCAUGGGGAGAGACCAAAACUGUGUCUGGGGAGUUCAGUGAAGGGAAACUAUAAGCCUGCACUUGCCUCCAGUUAUAAUCCCAUUUGGGCUGCACCCCCCACUCCCACCUCCUGUGCCAUUACAUAAUGGGCAGUGCAGUAAUACUUUCAGCAAUGCUGUUUGAAUGGCAGCAGUCCAAUUCUGGACUGUAUUUUAUCUUCUUUUUUUAACGGUGGGGUGGGGAGAGGGGGUUGGCAGAGGGGAGAAAGCAUCAGUUUGGUUUGUCUGCAAUCCCUGUUUUGCUUUGGGAGCUUUAGAGGACAGACACAUUCUUCUAUCUCCGCUAAUCCUCCUCUGAUACAGAGGAUUUUCCUGCCAUUAAAUGAUAGCUUGUGAGAAAAAAAAAUGCCAACUUUUCAGAGACUGACUCGUAUGGCUAAUGGCAGCCUCAUGAGCAGGAGGGAGAGCACAGCCACUGCCUGGCUAGGUAAGCAAUGCAUCCAAAUGACUUCUGCUGGGAAUUUUAGCUUCAACUUUUUGAUGAUAAGCUGGUUAUGCACCUCGGGACCAGCACCUAUUUCCUGGGGACAUGGCCAGUCUCUUACUAUUAGUGAUCUUUUCCCACCUCAGAUGAUAGGAACCUGCCUUUGGAACCACUGGUGGAAAUGAUGCAGAUGAGGAGCUGAAAAGGAGUUUUACAGAGCUGCAGGAUUCCCUGAGAAGGUCAGUGGUAGAAGAAAGAUACUCACCAGGAAGGUGCUGGGGACUUCUUCAGUUUGACUGUGUGUGGGAGAGGAGCUUUUUCCAUCAUCUUCCUUUCUAAACAUAGAUCUCAUUGUGGGAAAAUGAUGCAGGGAAAUGAGAGAGGAUGAAACCUGUGUCUGUUCUUGUGUGUUUCUAGAUCCUUCAAGUUUGCUUUCCAGGCCUGAAAUGCCACUAGUGAAUAAUCAAGUGAUCCUUUGGGUCCCCCAUGUCCAUGCGGUGUGGGCCUGUGUGCGGUCCUGCCCUGCCAACUGCGUGUGCACUCAAGAGCGGAGCUGCUCCGUCCUCUGUGAUCGUGUUGGUCUGGGGCAGAUCCCUAGCCAGUUCCCUUGUGAAGCCUCCUCUAUCAACCUGGACAAAAACAGCAUCAAGUUUCUCUCCGAGAGGGCCUUUGGGACCUUGCCUUCCCUCAAGUCCCUGUCUCUGAAUCACAACAAUAUCUCCUUCAUCACCCCAGGGGCUUUCAAGGGGCUGCCCAGCUUGACUGAGCUGAAGAUGGCCCACAAUGAGUACAUUCGCUAUCUCCACACGCGGACUUUCACUGCCCUCAAACGGCUGGUGAAGCUGGACCUGGCGGACUGCAACCUUUUCAACAUCCCUGACAGGAUCUUCAUUGAGCUGCCUGCUCUACAGGAGCUCUUCUGCUUUCAGAACAACUUCCGGAGGAUCCCAGGUGCCAUCAGGGGCAUGGAGAACCUGACCCAUGUUUACCUGGAGAGAAACAGGAUUGAAGCGGUAGCCUAUAACUCCCUGCAGGGCCUGACCAAGUUGAAAUACCUGAAUCUGCAGGACAACAAGAUAAAUGUGGUUCAUGAGCGAGCUUUUCAGGGCUGCCAGAAGAUGGAAUACCUGUAUCUGAAUGACAAUUUGAUCAGCGAGCUUCCAGAAAACUCCUUUGAUGGCCUGAGGUGCCUGAAGAUGCUCAACCUAGGGGGGAAUUUUCUUAGGAACAUAUCCAACACUUGGUUCAGGGACCUGGGGGAGCUGGAGGUACUCUACCUGGAUCGCAACAGGAUCAACUACAUUGAGGAUGGGGCUUUUGAAAACCUCACCAGCCUGGUUGCGUUGCACUUGAACAGCAACAACCUGACAACCCUGCCCUUUUCUGUCUUCCAGCCGGUUUACUUCCUUGGGCGGCUGUACCUCUUCCGCAAUCCCUGGGAGUGUGACUGCCGCAUCGAGUGGCUGAAGGAGUGGAUGGAGAAUUACAGGCUUGUCAGGGAUAUUCCCUGUGCUUCCCCCUCCUCAGUAGCUGGGAUUGACCUAAUGGACGUGCUCUUUGAGAGAUCUCCAGAAGGUUACUGUCUUGACCCGGCUGAGCUAAAUGUCACGUCUGAAGGCCCAACCCCAAGUGGAGAGCCUUGGUCUACUACAGAGAGCAAGUUCAAUAGCCUUAUCUCCAAACUCCUGCUCCAGAUGGGCCUUUCUGAAGAGGUGGCAAAUACCACUGAAGUCUACAGUAACACCACACAGCUGGAUGGACUGACUGAUGGGGUUUCUUCUGGGGUGGGGCAAGACACAAUGGAGGCUGUCUCCUUCUCUUUUUACCUUCCAGCACUUUUUACAGUGAUUGUUUGGCAAUGCAAAUAGUCCAAGGGCUACAUGAAGCAUGGAUCCUGCGUAAGCAUUCCUGUACCUACUCAAGUCAUUAGGGAAAAGUUUGUAUUAUGAGCCUCCAAUAUAUAACUGGCUCCAAACUCUCCCACGAUGGGUUGGUUGAUCUGGCUCCUGAUUCUCCUGGGAGCUGGUGGGAUCUGGUUCAAGGCUGGGUCACACUCCAGGUGAGAAGCCUGUCCUGUGGGUUCUUAGAGCCACCCAAACACUCACAUUGCUGUGUGGAAGAUGAGCAAUGAAAGGAUAGCUGUAAGGUUGAGUUUCACUUAGAUACAUGCAAUGGCUCCUGCUGGGAGCAGAGGGAAGAGCAGUCUGUAUGGAUGGCAGUACAGUACUCUGUAUUCUGUUGGGCCAACUCCAGUUGACCAAAUUGUCCGCUUUAUAAGAGAAAGACAAGGAAUCAAAAGCACCCCCCUCUUCAUAUCCUGACAGACACCCACAUCCACAGUGGGUGCUUCUAGAUGCUGGCAAACUGAUUUCCACCAGCAUGUGUGGGGGGAACAGGGCUGUCCUGAGCAGCAUCCAGGGAUGCAACACUAGCCGUUGUGAGCAAGAGAACAGCAUCUGGGCAUGGUGCCAGCCCCAGGCUGGGCUGGGGUGGGCUGGGCUGGGCACAUUCUUCUCUGGGGAAAAGCUAUUUAAACUGAACAGCUUACUUACUAACAUUGUUUCAAUGUGUUUUUAUUUCUCAGUUAGUAUAUUGUUUCAAGGAACAUAUUGUUUUUAUUUGUAGAUUAUUUAAUGGCAUGAAGGGAGGGGCAGAAAAUUGCAAUGAAAAAGGCAUCCACGCCCUGCUAAAUAUUUUGUAUUUCCACCACUAACGUGUACCAUAUAGCAUGUCUUAUUAUGCUGUACAACCAACCAUGCCAUCAUUUUCUUUCAUAGAAUCAUAGAAUGGUUUGGGUUGGA